GAGUGAGUGUGUGUGUGUGUGUGUGUGUGGGGGUCCAUGCAUGUGUAUGUCUCUCCCUGUGUGGCUGUGUGUGUGUGGCUGUGCGCGUGUGUGCGUGCACGCGAGUGUCCUGGCUGGGUAUCCAGCGCAGUCCUGGUAAUGCUGAGACAGACGGUGAGCGGGUGGGUUUAUUUUUGGGACAGUGACAGUGUGUCAAUGGCCGCAGAUGCGUCGGAAAGGAAGGCUCUGAGAUACAAGCAAACCCUGCUCUAUGGGGAGUACCAAGAAAACCAAGGAGGCUCCGGCAGACGGGAGGCCACACGCCUGCUGACAGAGAGACAGAUCAAGAAACAUGGCAACCAUCCUUGCAGCCAUGGCAGGACACGACAUGGCCGGCGUGGCCAUGGUCAAAAUGGAUGCCACAGUCGACAUCAGCACGGCUAUCACAGCAGACAAAGGAACAGGCAUCAGCCUAACAUGGAGGCAGAGGCUGAUGAGCCAGAUGAGCAAACAGCUGACCUCACGUCCUCUAUGAAGAAGAAACGCUCCUACUCCAAAUGUAGAGACUGCAUAGCACGGGUGCAGCGAUUCCUUGUGACCAGGUUGGGAGAGGACUGGAUCUUCCUUGUUCUGUUGGGCAUCACGAUGGCGCUGGUCAGCUGGACAAUGGACUAUGCCAGUGCAAAGAGCCUGCAAGCCUAUAAAUGGAUUUAUGGGGAGCUGAGGGGGAACAUCCCCCUGCAGUACCUGGCCUGGGUUUCAUAUCCCCUGAUCUUCAUCCUGUUCUCCUCCCUCUUCUGUCACCUGGUCGCUCCUCAAGCUAUCGGUUCUGGCAUCCCCGAGCUGAAGACCAUCCUGAGAGGUGUGGUGCUUAAGGAGUAUUUAACUCUCAAGGCCUUUGUUGCUAAAGUCAUUGGUCUGACUGCUGCCCUGGGCAGCGGCAUGCCUGUAGGCAAAGAGGGCCCAUUUGUUCACAUCGCCAGUAUCUGUGCUGCAGUUCUCAGCAGGUUCAUGUCCUGCUUCUCGGGAGCUUAUCAGAAUCCAUACUGUUACACGGACAUCCUGACAGUAGGCUGUGCUGUCGGGGUGGGCUGCUGCUUUGGUACUCCACUUGGAGGUGUGCUCUUCAGUAUAGAGGUAACAUCCACAUACUUUGCUGUGAGAAACUACUGGAGAGGAUACUUUGCUGCUACAUUUAGUGCCUUCAUAUUCAGAGUGUUAUCAGUGUUCAACAAAGAUGCAGUAACCAUCACUGCUCUGUUCAGGACAAACUUCCGCAUGGAUUUCCCUUUUGACCUUCAGGAGCUGCCGGCAUUCGCCAUCAUUGGGAUCUCCUGUGGGUUCCUGGGGGCGUUCUUCGUCUAUCUCAACAGACAGGUGGUGCUGUUCAUGAGACGUCCCAACGCCAUGACCCGCUUCCUGACCAAACACCGGCUGAUCUUUCCAGCUGUGGUAACGCUGGUCAUCGCCACCUUGACCUUCCCCCCCGGGUUUGGACAGUUCAUGGCAGGAGAGCUGAUGCCAAGGGAGUGUAUCAACUCCCUGUUUGACAACUUUACGUGGACAAAGAUUUCGGGAUCACCUCCUCCGGGUGGUCUGGGCCUCUCUGCCGCCUGGCUGCACCCUGAUGUCAGUGUCUUCCUCGUCCUGCUGCUCUUCUUAAUUAUGAAGUUCUGGAUGUCUGCUGUGGCCACCACCAUGCCCAUUCCAUCUGGGGCUUUCAUGCCUGUCUUCAUACUAGGAGCUGCAUUCGGCAGGCUGGUAGGGGAGAUCAUGGCCACCCUGUUUCCUCAUGGGAUCGUGUUUGAUGGCAUCCUUUACCGCAUUAUCCCUGGAGGGUACGCCGUCAUUGGAGCGGCAGCUUUGACUGGGGCUGUGACUCACACGGUGUCCACAGCGGUUAUCUGCUUUGAGUUGACAGGCCAGAUCUCCCACAUCCUGCCUAUGAUGGUGGCAGUAAUCCUGGCCAACAUGGUGGCCCAGGGCCUGCAGCCCUCCCUGUACGACUCCAUCAUCCAGGUCAAGAAGCUGCCGUACCUGCCGGAGCUCGGCUUUGGACACAUGAGUCAGUACAACAUCUUUGUGGAAGACAUCAUGGUGAGAAAGGUGAAGUUUAUAUCGUCUCAGUCCACAUACAGAGAAGUUCAACUCCUGCUGGACUCCUCCUCGCUCAGUUCAAUCCCGCUGGUCGACUCAAAAGAUUCUAUGAUCCUUCUGGGCAGCAUUGACAGACUGGAGCUUCUGGCUCUCUGUGAUUGGUGGGUGUCACCGGAGAGAAGGCUCCUGAUGCAGAACCAGUCUCAGAAACACAGCUGGGAGUCCUUCGCCUUCGUGGAUGAGGAGGAAGAGGAGGACGGAGAGAAGGGCAGCCCGGUGCUGGAGGAGAGGAACGGCCCGCUGCCUCCUUCAAAGCCUCAGGAGCCCUCCUCAAACCACACUGCUCCUGUUCCUGAAAAAGGUCCUCUGCAGUCUGUGAGGAAAACCCUCAGGAAUCUCUUCACCUCAAAAAACAGGCAGACAGAGGGACAGUUGCAGGAGCCCUGUCCGCCUCCCUUGUCGGACACAAUGACAACAGAGGAGAUCAAAGCGUGGGAGGAGGCAGAGAUGGACAAGCCGAUGGAAAUCGAUGAGAUACGAGUAGACCCUUCCCCUUUCCAGCUGGUUGAGAGAACAUCAUUACACAAGACCCACACCUUAUUCUCACUGCUGGGGCUAAGUCAUGCUUAUGUGACCAGCAUCGGCAAACUGGUGGGAGUGGUGGCACUGAAAGAGCUCCAGAAAGCCAUUGAGGGCUCCACACGCUCUGGUGUCCGGCUCCGUCCUCCGCUCGCCAGCUUUCGGGACAUCAUCAACCACAACUCUGUUCCUAAACCUCCACCUUCUUCUCCCACUGCUGUUUCCUCUUCGACCUCCUCUCCCUCAGCACGAACUGCUUCCCAGCCUCCAUCCCCCUCUUCCCCUCAACCCCACCAUCAUCACCACGAGAAUGAAACAGAGGUAUGGAUAGAGCGCGUGGCGACGGAGGUGGAGGAGAGCAGCAGCUGCAGUGCAGGAAGUGGCGGUGUUAGCAGCAGCGCUGGGGCCUGCAGCUCAGCCAGCAGGAGUUGCAGCUCCAACAGCAACCUCACCCUCCUUCCCCCUGCCACUCCUCCCCAAGUCCCUUCUUCCUUCACUCCUUCCUCCUCCAACCUGAGACCCUUACAGAGACUCCUUGAGGGGGAGGAAGACAGUGAUGAUGAGCCAAUGGUUUAGAUUAGACAAGAGUGAUGGUUAUGUUUUUAUAAUGGAAAACCUUUUUUUAAUGGUGUAAGUUUUUUCUUCUGUUCUUAAUGUGUUUCUCUGGUCUUUGGACACCCAUUUACCUCUUUUUUGUCACCACGUAGCUAGAGCAAAGAUGUCACUGCUAUGUAGAGCUGGGCGAUAUGGAAAAAAAUCUAAUAUCACGAUAUUGUUGACCAAAUACCUCAAUAUCGAUAUUGCGGCGAUAUUGUAGGGUUGACA